UUUCUAUCAAGAUAUGAUAGCUUAUAUACACUUCCUCAUCUCCUCAAAUAUGCCACUCUCCAUAAAACGAGCUACACUAAAACCCAUUGCAAAGCAAGAAACGCAGUGACAAACUACUGCACAAUUCAUUUGCCACUUCUACAGUAGUCAUGGUUUCUCAAAUAACCGAUCUUCACUUCGUCUUGUUUCCCCUAAUGGCUCAAGGCCACAUGAUCCCCAUGAUGGAUAUUGCAAGACUAUUAGCACAACGCGGUGUGGUUGUCACCAUAUUCACCACUCCAAAAAAUGCAUCACGUUUCGAUUCAGUUCUUUCUCGUGCUGUUUCAUCUGGUCUCCAAAUCCGACUUCUACAACUCCAUUUUCCAGCCAAAGAGGCAGGACUACCUGAAGGGUGUGAGAAUCUCGACAUGGUGACAUCAAUGGAUAUGAUAAACAAAAUGUUCUGCACCAUCACCAUGCUUCAGAAGUCAGCAGAGGAAUUAUUUGAAGCACUAACACCAAAACCAAGUUGCAUAAUCUCUGACUUUUGCAUUCCCUGGACUGCUCAAAUAGCUGAAAAGUAUCGUAUUCCAAGGAUUUCGUUCCAGGGAAUUUCCAGCUUCUGCUUACACUGUAUGCACCAGCUACAGACUUCAAAAAUUCGUGAAAGCAUCCCUUCAAAAUCUGAGUAUUUCACUAUUCCUGGCAUACCUGACGAAAUUAAAGUUACCAAAGAGCAGUUACCAGGAUCACUCUCAUCAUAUGAUUCGAAGGACUUCGGAGACCAGGUGAUUGCUGCUGAGAGGAAGUCAUAUGGAGUUAUCAUAAAUAGUUUUGAAGAAUUGGAGAAGUCGUAUGUGAGGGAUUACAAGAAGGUGAGAAAUGAUAAGGCGUGGUUCAUUGGUCCUGUUUCAUUAUGCAACAAAGAUGGUUUGGACAAGGCUCAAAGAGGCAACCAGGCCUCAAUUAACGAGCACCAUUGCUUGAAGUGGCUAGACUUGCAUCAACCCAAGUCUGUGGUGUAUGUCUGUUUUGGAAGCUUAUGCAACUUGAUUCCUUCACAACUUGUUGAGUUAGCCUUGGCCUUGGAGGAUACAAAAAGGCCAUUUGUAUGGGUUAUUAGGGAGGGAAGUCAUUUCCAUGAACUGGAAAAAUGGAUCUCUGAAGAAGGGUUUGAGGAAAGGACGAAAGGGAGAGGCCUAAUAAUUCGAGGUUGGGCUCCACAGGUAAUGAUAUUAUCACACUCUUCCAUUGGAGGAUUCUUAACGCACUGUGGUUGGAAUUCAACACUUGAAGGGAUAAGUGCUGGAGUUCCACUUGUUACCUGGCCCAUGUUUGGUGAUCAAUUUUUAAACGAGAAGCUUGUAACUGAUGUGUUGAAGAUUGGUGUGAGCGUUGGGGCAGAGGUUCCAUUGAAGUGGGGAGAGGAAGAGAAGAUGGGUGUGAUGGUGAAGAAGGACAAUAUUAAGAGGGCGAUAUGCAUGGUGAUGGAUGAAGAUGAAGAAGAAGGCAAAGAGAGAAGAGAAAGAGUAAGCAAAUUGAGUGAAAUGGGAAACAUAGCUGUUGAAGAAGGAGGCUCUUCUCAUCUUGAUGUCACUUCUCUUAUCCAAGACAUCAUGCAACAAUCAGGAUAAAAAUUUGACUGUAGUUUUUUAACUUUAGUCAUAUCCUUGGCUGUUUUCUUUUUUGCUAUUAUGUCUUUGCUUUAUAUUUUGGGAUUAUUUUAUUUGAAUUGUGAAAUAUAUGUUUUAUUCCUUUUAAAA